AUAACAGAUGUCCGUGUCUCGACGAAAGCUGAAUACAGUGUCUGAGACUGAGUGAAAUGCACGGUGGGUACGAUUGUGGGUUAACAGGAAGAAGCGACAUCCCCGUGGACCACUGGUAUGGCUACGACCAAUCCCGAUGACUUAGAACGGCCGUUUGUUGACUCUUUUGCGGCUCUGUCUUCGUUUCGAGACUGGCGUCAGAACAACUUUACCUCACCUUCAAGUGAUCACACCAUGCUGUUUACUAAGGCUGACCUAACUCGAGAUGGCUCUACAGCAAAUGCAGGUCUGGCGUUCGUUGGUGGUGCAUGUACAGUUAAUGCCGUCUCCAUAAACGAAGAUAAAUUUAAUUUUGUGACUGUGACAGUAGCUGCACACGAGCUAGGACAUAAUUUGGGAGCAGGGCACGACGGUGAUGGAAAUGCCUGUGAUCCAAGCGAUUACUAUAUCAUGGCACCAUCGAGUGGGGCAAGAACCGGGGAUGCAGCACGGAAUCAGUGGUUCUUCACUGACUGUUCUGUGGACUAUUUCAGAACAUACGCGUCUUCACUGUCACCUAACUGCUUGUUAACGGACGAUUCAGGUGCUGACCCUACUGCAAUAGACGACCUGUUAACGGUUCUCACCGGCCAGUUCUAUUCUCUCGAUGAACAGUGUGUUCUGAGCUUGGGCAAUGGGUCCUACUUCUGUCGGACAUUGUAUUCUUCUCCUUCCGAAUAUGAGAGUCUGUGCACACUAACAUGGUGCAAGAUCCCUGGAAGCCAAGGUACAUGUAGAGGGAUACUCCCUGGUAGAGGAACAACGUGCGGGGAUAAGAAGUGGUGUAUUGACGGUGCCUGUGUUUGCGACGAAAACGCCCCUGCCGGUUCAGGUUGUGAAUAUGCAGAGGCGACAACAACAACACUUUUAGAGUUGACAACAGCACCAGUGACAACGACUGCAGAGGCAACAACAACUGCAGAGGUGACAACAACGCCUCCUGCAGAGGUGACAACAAUGCCUCCUGCAGAGUUGACAACUGUGCCAGCGACGACAACAACUACACAGGCGACAAUCACAACAGAGGUGACAACAACCGCAGAGGCGACAACACCAACACCUGCAGAGUUGACAACAGUGCCAGCGACAACGAGUGCAGAGGCGACAACAACUGCAGAGGAGACAAGAAGACUACCUGCAGAGGCGACAACAACAACAGGGUUGACAACAACAGCAGUAGCGACAACAACCCCAGAGAUGACAACAACUGUAGAGUCGACAAAAGUACUGGUGACAACAACUAACCGAGCAACAGUUACUUCUGCAGCUAAUACUGCAACUUUAGAGGCAACGACAACAUCAGAUACUACCACACCAUCGGCAACAAUUACACCAGCUAACGACCAAGCUAACCACAUGGCAUACAUGACAUACGCGUAG